AAUAGUAACCCGCUGACAUUAUUUGGCAGGCAUCGAUCAAUCCAUCCUAUUGUGAUUAUAUCAGUCCCGAUUUAACCGGCAUCGGGGUGUGUGACGAUCGAAUCGAGUGUGCCAUUUUUUCAAUUUUUUUCUGCUUAUGCGACUCGAAAAUGGCCGUCGACCUGCGGCUGAACAGGGUGAACGCCGAUUCCGCGUGGGGGUUCAGGAUCGUGGGAGGUGCUGAUUUUGGAGAGCCGCUUAUCGUCGUUAAGGUCAACGAGAAUAGUUUGGCAGAAAAUGCCGGAAUGAUGGUGGGUGACGUCAUAGUUCGGAUCAACGACACACCUACUGCUGGACUGACACACACCGAAGCUCAUGACCUCCUGAUUGCUCAGGGCAACGAAUUCGUCCUUGGUGUCAGGAGGUUCGACUCUAAUACUGUUUCUGCUCGGUAAAGCUGCUGAUCCACAUCUUCACGGACGACAGCACUUUGCGUGCGGACAUUCAGAAUAUCAAACUGAGCUUUGGAGGCCUACAGGGGGAGCAUGCCGAGCCAUAUUUUCCAUGAAGAGAUCGAUGAAGAGUUCGCUAACAUCAGUAAACAUGUAGAACAGUCUAUCGAAGGAAACUAUGAGGAGCAAUACAGUUCCAUGGUUAAAGAAGCAGAACGAACGAUCGAUCAAGAUGUGCUAGAUGAAGCUAUUCAAAGGAUUAACGAAUACAACAUUCAAGAUACUCUGGAGAAACGGAUACAAGAUCAGGUGGAAAGAACUCAACACACUGUAAGCGCAGAACAAAUAAUAAACUCACAUCAAACUAGAAUGGAGAAAAUGCAACCUAUUACCCACGGAAUAAGAACAGAUAAAAAAUGGUCUACGUUUUUGCAGAAACCAGACAACCCCAUUCCAAAGUCAAAAAAGAAGAUUGAAGAGGAGGAACAAGAGGGCGAAAAAUAUACAGUAGUGAUUCAAAAGCAGCCAUCUAGGAGAAAAAGAAAAGAAAUGCAAGAGAAAAGGGUACAGUUUUCUGAGGACGUUACUGAAAUGGAAAUAGAAAAGGAAGAAGAAAUCGAAGAAGAUGACUACAGUGAUACUAUAGAAAUCCAGCAGAGUCUUGAUAUCGAAGUAAAUGUUGAUGUUCAAGAAGAAGAGAUUGUCGAGGUAGAAGAAGGAUUAGUAGAUUAUGAAACUGAAGAUGAAAUAGACAGUCAGAAUUUUGGCAAACGAGAUACUAGUGAAGAAAUAGAAGUUACUUACCCACCUCUAUCAGAAAUUAAAAUAGAAGCUGCGGAAGGGAAUACAACGACGUUAGAAGAACAGCUAUUGGCUGUACAGAAACAACUCCAAGCACUUUCUAUGCUACCUUCAGCUAUCCAAUUAACAUUGGAUGCUGUAUCCAAACAGUUGGCUAGUAUAGUUAGUACUAAAGAAGAAAAAGAAAUGAAUGGGGAUAUUAGUAAGUCCUCAUCUGAAAGAGACGAGAUAGAACUACAAGAGCAACUAACAGAAGAAGAGCUUUUGGAGGAUAGGUCAUCAUCCGAAAUAGCAGAAGCUGAACCACAUAAACAAAAUGGUAACGAUGACCAUUCAAAUCUUGGAGAUGAGUUGGAUGAUGACUUAGAAAUUGGAGAAGAGGAACUACGAGAGAUUCUGGAGAGAAAUGCCACUCCUGUGGAAGAAAAGGAGCAAGAUCCCUUUGCAGGGAUGACAGACGAGGAGAAGCAAGAAAUUUUAAGGGAAGAGCAGAGAAUAAGAGAAGAAGAAGAAAGGAAGAUGAAGGAAGAAGAAUUGAAAGCUAAAAAGCAGAAGGCCAAGGUCGAGGAACCAGAGGAGUACGUCCCACCUAUAAUCCUCCCGGGUGGCAUCAAGUGGUCGGACCCAGACGACGUCAUGCCUGCCUUCAAGAAACAGAUGACAGAUGAGGAGAUCGAGGAGGCCAUUGCCAGUCAUUUGGAAGUGAUCGCCGGAAAAAGAAAAGGCAUCAAUUUCAAGAAAUAUGAACCACCUCCGAAGAGCUUAGAACAUCUCCAGUAUUCAGAAGUAUACAAAAUGCUUCAAGAAGAAGAACCUGCCCGUCCUAGAGGAAUAGCUGCGAGACCAGAAAAAAUUCCUGCUGUCCAGGAUUACUACCAGAUCUCGGCCGAUACACUGAGUGUCCUGAAAGUUGGGAAUUUCCUUUUUAGAAACAACCUGGUUUCUGAUAACAAAGCUAAUGUGUGGUGAAACAACAGCGAAAAAGUAAAAAAUAAUAGUGAAGAUGUGCUCACCAUUCAUCUAAAGGAAAUUUCAAGUUCAGCUCUGUUACUUGCGAGUCAAGAGGCGCCGUAAUUCGGUAGAAAUUUUGUAUGAUACGAUAUUUUUUUGUUAUGUAUAGUUAAAAAAGUGACGCGUGGUAAUAAAAGUUGGAGGCUAGAUAUUUAAA